AUGGACAAAACUUCAGAUAGAAACCUUGGGGCAGACAUACAGAGACUAAUGACAAUACACAAGAACUCCACAAAACAACUCUAUCUUAUAGACAUGCAGCUGGAAACCCUCACUAAAAAGAUAUUUAAUGCCCAGUUGAAUGGAGAUCGUGGCCUGGUGUUAAGGCUCAUGACCCGCAGGUCAGUGUUGAGUGGAGUGAGGAGGGUCUUCAGUCACUUAAUACAAAACAAGACCAGUCAAAUAAAUGAGCUGUGUUCUCUCACACCUGAGGAGUUAGAAAGCAACAUAAAUGGAGAGAUAACAGGUCAUGUACCAAAUCCUGUCCUGACCUCUGAUGAACUUGCACCAGCUGUGACCGAAACAUUCUGUCUGUUUACAAGAUACAGUUAG